AUGGUGCAAACCGCGGGAGGCGACGGGAAGGCCAUGGCGAACUAUUUUCCAACCGCCCAGAAUGGUUCACCUCAGUCAUGGCUCAUGAACCACCCCCGCGGUUCGGUUCAUUCCUGGGAAGAUUUAUGUGACCAGUUCAUCGCUAACUUCCAGGGAACCUAUGCCCGGCCUGGGGUCGAGGAUGACUUGUACCAGGUCAGGCAGCGACAGGACGAGUCACUGCGAGAUUACAUCCGGCGUUUCACCAAAUGUCAGAAUACCAUUCAAAAGAUCACGUGCGAGUUCGUGGUCAUCGCAUUCUGGAGGGUGGUCAAAGAUCAGAAGAUAGUUGAAAAACUGGCCACCAAGGAGGUCUGA